AUGUUUUCAUCGUAUGAUGUCCUGGUCACUGGCUCUGCUGGUCAUCUCGGUACCGCUCUGAUGCUUAGCCUGCCAUCUCUGGGCUUCAGACCCUUGGGCAUCGACAUUCUCCCCUCUCCGACUACAACACUUGUGGGAUCUGUUAGUGACCGCGCCUUCAUUGCUUCAAUUUUCGACUCCAACUCCAUUAAGCACAUUCUUCAUGCUGCGACAUUGCAUAAGCCGCACGUGGACAGCCACAGCAAGGAGCAAUUUAUCUCGACCAACAUUGUCGGCACUCUAAUCCUCCUUGAAGAAUCUUCCAGGUUCAGAGAGCGGAUAGAGAGCUUUGUCUUCUUCAGUACGACCAGCGCCUUUGGUAUGGCUCUAAGUCCUAAGCCAGGACACCCCGCCGCUUGGAUCGAUGAAUCUGUUGUUCCAGUGCCAAAGAACAUCUAUGGCGUCACGAAGAUUGCAGCUGAGGACAUGUGCGCUCUGAUGCAAAAGCAAAGCGGAAUUCCCGUUUUAGUUCUUCGCACAAGCCGCUUUUUCCCCGAGGAGGACGAUGACGAAGACCGUCGCGCGGCUAUGAGCGAUGAAAACCUGAAGGUUUUGGAACUGGCCUACCGCAGAUGCGACAUUGAGGAUAUUGUCAGCGCCUCGGUUUGUGCAAUGAGAAAGGCCAAGGAUAUUCGGUGGGGAAAGUAUAUCAUAAGCGCCCCGCCACCUUUCAAGAACGAUGCACACACGCUCGAUUCUUUGAGCCGGAACCCCGCUGAGGUGAUAACUAAGAUCUUUCCUGACGUGGAUGUCGUCUUCAAGGAGAAAGGGUGGAAGCAUCUUGCAAGGAUCGAUCGAGUCUAUGAUUCAAGCAAGGCAGUGGAAGAACUAGGAUGGAAUCCAAAGUAUACCUUCGGAAAGACAGUGGAAAGGCUGUUACGCGGCGAGGGAUGGAAUAGUGAUUUAACGGCGAGGGUCGGCAAAAAGGGUUAUCAUGCC